ACUGCUGCUCAGGUUGGAGCGAAUUCAGCAGAAGUAGCGGUCGCGUUAAUGCGGACACGCGGCCAAAAAUAAAGUCACUAGACAAACGUUGCCAUGGAAACCCGGAGCUCCUCCACUCAUGUGCGGGACUGUCGAAGCGCCCACGGGAUAGCAUGUCACCGCACGGCACGGGGCUGCGCGCCCUGCUCCUCCUCGGCUUCCACGUGCUUUUGUCCGCGCGCAGUGUUGCAGCCUCAUGUGAUGUUACGAAGAAUGAAGAAUUUAGUCAGUGUUUCGGAGCUCUGGGACAACCUGUGUUCAUAGACCUCAUUAAUGACACCACCGGUUAUGAGAUCAGCUUAAAAAAUUCUCAGAAUGAACGGAUUUUCAAUUUUAAGUACGGAAGUACCACAUAUUAUGCGUGUUGUUUAGUGUUUUUUAACAAUGGCACCUUGAGGAUGGACAAAGGUAAGAAAAAUUACUCCAGCAAAUACAACUUGGAGAUACAUGAUUUAGAUGGAACAUUCUUACAAAGCAGGAAGAUUCAGCUCGCCAUUGAAAAACCUGUGUCCUCACCAGUGUUGUCCACACUAUGUUUAUCCCAUGGAAAGCUGAAGGUGUCCUGCUCCACUGAGGGGGACAAUCCCCAGUACACCUGGAGUCUGGGGGACGGGCCCCUUGAGGGGUACGAUGGGAAAGGUGCUGUUGUACUGGGGAUGGAUGUGAGUGGAGAUGUGACCUGUACUGUGUGGAAUAAUGUCAGCAGAGAAAGCAGCACCUUGAGACUCCCCACCUGUACAGAAACUGGAGCCUCUAUGAAUUGCACCUUAGUUAAUGGUGUAAUGACAAACAGCACGAAAGAUUCCUGUGGAUUAGUUUCGGUUGCAGUGGGAGCAACCUUUGCCCUGUCAGUCUUGUUAAUAAUAAUGUACUACCACUAUAAGAAAAAAGCACAAUCAUAAGUGAUAAUGUCAUGCUGAUAAGUGCACAUAAAUUGUUCAAUACUCCUUGUUCUCAUCUCAGUGUUUCCAGUUCUAUAGAGAAUAUCGCCUUUGCUGUACAAACUCCUGGUUUUCUUUGGUAAUUUUCAACAUGAGCCGCACUCUUUGACUGUUUGAACGAGUUUUGGAAUUUUGUGUA